UUGCCGCGAGGCCUACCAUCCAGCCCACAACAUGCCCUCGCAUCGACAACCGAUACGGUCUGCCCACUCUGGUUGCUAAGUCGCCCUGCCGUCAAUAGACUUGUUGAGCUGACCACGUGGGCCGGUUGGCGAGAGUUGACUGGCUCCAUGAGCCUGGCCUGUUGUUCUGACGUCUCAUCUGCUUAUCGCAAGGCGUGUGAGCACAUGCGCACACUCAAACAUGCAGAUCUAUUCAGGCCUGCCACACAGACGAAACAAUGGACCGACGAAGAGACAGACGAUGGCAUGCCUGUGUGUCUACACUCACAAAUGCAAACACAAAUAGCAAAGCAAAUACGCACGAGUGUACUUACGGGAUAG